AUGGGCUACGACCAGGGCUUGGCCGUCGGCUUGGCCGUGGGAAUCCCCUGCUUCGUUGUUCUCGUCGGCGGCACCGUUCUCUUUUUGCGCCGCCGGCGCCACGACCAGCGCGAGGACGCCCAGACGGCGCUCGACUUUGAGUUGCGAGAUAACAACUCGUACACGGCGUUCCACGAGGCGCUCCACACGCCGUUCGAGGCCAAGACACCGCUCCCGGAAAAACCCAACGCGCUGCUGUCGGAGCUGCCCCAUCUGUCGCAGCGCCCGAAAACAGCCGCCAAGACCGUUUCGGCCACGGUGGAAGUGGUGGACAUACCGCCCGACGCCCGCUCGGACCCAGCGUCGGCGCCCAGCUCCGACCCGCCCUGCGGCCUGUUGCCCGACCUGCCCGACCACCUGGCCUCGACCUUGUCCGACAAACCCAAGCCGCCGGUCCAUACGCGGUCCGCAUACGCCUUCUACGACCAGUUCAUUCCCAUAGUGGACGACGUCAACUUGGCGCAGCCGCCGCCGGUGCUGGACGGCCACAGUGUUCACAGCGGGCGCAGCGGGCGCAGCACGCCCAGCUCGGACCCUUCCCGACUGCUUGACACGUUGGGCCAAGCAGCUCCAGGCGCCUUUUUUCGACAAGCUUCCGCCCGUGGCGCAGUCAAGAAGGUAACAAGAUCAAGAAACAAGAUCAAGAAACAAGAGCAGCAAGAAACAUGA